CUGGCAGCUAGCCUAGCCGGCUAACUUGGCUAAUCUGAUUUAUCGUCUCAGUUAAGCGCACAUAACACCAGCCAGGAUUACCAAAUUUAGUUUUCAGUAUUUUUCCUUUUAGCGAACUAUCUCCCUAACGCCAAACAUCCUCUCAUUUCAAUAAUGGCAUCGCUUGGGGAGCCCGUGCGAUUGGAAAGAGAUAUCAACCGUGCUAUUGAAUUGCUUGAUAAACUCCAGAGGACAGGGGAAGUGCCUCCCCAGAAGCUGCAGGCACUACAGAGGGUCCUACAGAGUGAAUUCUGUAAUGCUGUCAGAGAAGUCUAUGAGCAUGUGUAUGAAACAGUGGACAUCAACAGCAGCCCCGAGGUCAGGGCCAAUGCCACAGCAAAGGCUACAGUGGCAGCUUUUGCAGCAAGUGAGGGACACUCACAUCCACGAGUUGUGGAACUGCCCAAGACAGAAGAAGGGUUGGGUUUCAAUAUAAUGGGCGGAAAGGAGCAAAACUCACCAAUUUACAUCUCACGGAUCAUCCCAGGAGGCAUCGCUGACCGACAUGGAGGCCUGAAAAGAGGGGACCAGCUUCUCUCAGUGAAUGGAGUGAGUGUGGAAGGAGAGCACCAUGAGAAAGCUGUGGAACUCCUCAAAGCAGCUCAGGGCACAGUGAAGCUGGUAGUAAGGUACACCCCCAAAGUCCUAGAGGAAAUGGAGUCACGCUUUGAGAAAAUGAGGUCGGCGAAGCGCCGGCAACAGAACAACUUUCCCAAGUAGGAUUUUCCCAUGUUGAUGCCCAGCUCCCGUGUCUCUCCUCCUUUAGCCUUCUGGCCAUCUGUUCUGAUCCCUUUCUCAUCUCCCUGCCCCUGAAAAAAGAACAAAAAAAGAACACGCUCAUGUUUAGUUUUAGCUCAUACAUACUGUAUAUUGCGCUUCUGCCCUUUUCUGUAGCAUUUUGAUAUUCACCAUCGUGUAUUGUACUAGACACUACAACUCUAGACGAACACUAGGAAGAUCACGAUUGUCAGUGUGUGUCACACCAUGUGCAUUAUUUUUGAAUUGACAAUUUGAAUGCAACUUCUGAGACAAACUAUACAACUGCUUUGACUGAAAAGGUAGUGUUUUUCAGUGAUUUAUCAGAGCCACUACCAAGUGCCUCAGGGCAAACACAUUUAUCUUAUGUACUGUUUUUUCUUUUCUUUCUUUAACCGUUUAAAUUUCUGGAAAUUAAACUAUUGUGGCAGGAAUUAAUUCAUGCUUUUCACCUGUUUUCUCAGAGACCGUAGCUUUAGAGGUGCUGACGACAGUCUAAAUUAGUUAAAAAGUGAUAAGUUGUUAGAUUGGUAUUAUGGCUACCCUACAAAAAGUAGCAAAAGUGCUGGAUUAUGUUUGAGCGUUCUCUCUAGGCUGCAAGACUUUAACGUCAUGCCACGCUAUAAAAAGCUCCAGUAAGUGAUGUAAUGGGGUCUCAGCAACUCGUGAACUAAAUAGCUGACACCACAAAGACUCGCACAUUUAUAAAAAAAAAUAAACCCUUGAAACUCUGGAGUCAGUAUGACAUGAGAUGAAAGUCAGUUAUUUUGUUUUGACAUAAAUGAGGAAUGUAAUGUGUCACAUUUUUUCUCUGCCAGUGAAAGAACUUCAUAAGAAGUCAGUUAUCCAGUGACCUUCAGAAUAAGAUAAAAUUAGGCAUUUGUAAAAUUCAGCUAGUCAGAUGCCUACAGUCUCUGUAAGGCCCUGGUCAUGCAAGCCUAGAAACCAAGCUGUGACCCCCUGGCAACCACUGAUCAUUAGGGAAAAAUGUGUAUUAUCCAGCCGAUUGGAGAGUGUUUGCUGGAGAUUGCUGGCUAUCUGUGAAAUCGACUGCUACAGCCUCAGUCACAAAGGCUUAGAGGCUUGUUAGCAUAUCCCUGGAAACCUCUGGUUGCCAGGGAAAAUAAGUGUGCUCCCCAACCGGCUGGCAAGUAGUUUCUGCCAACGACUACGUGAAAUGAUUAACAAAGAGGUUUGGUUGCUAGCUUAUUGCUGUGGUUACUUACAGUUUGCAUGGAUAUUACCUCCAAAUACUCGCCAACUGUUCACUGAGUGAAAUUUCAAAAACUGUGACACAAACCAGAAGCUGAUCCAUUUGCGCCUUUUAAAACAUGUUGACAGCAAUAGUAAGACACAACUUUUACUUUGAAGGUGAAAGUUCUCCAAACUUGCACUCCCUCAAGUUUCACUAUCGCUCAGCGAGUAAUUGGCGAGUGUCUGAGAUUUUUGGUGCAGCGCCCUCUGCGGAGCUCAUUUCCCCCUGCUUGCAAGCAAUCACCAACUAGUUAAGGAAUACACGUUUUCCCCCUAGCAACCAGAGGACGCCAAGGGGUUGCCAACCAGCCUCUAAGCCCGUGUGACCAAAACUUCAGUCACAUUAAUGCAGCAUGUGAGUUUCACUUGUUCAAUGAAUGAAAUGUUAGUACACAUACUGUAUAUAACCUCUACAGUGUUUGGUGUAUUAUGCUGUAAAUGUGCUGCAGUGUAAUCUUUCAUCAGUUUUUUUAUUACAUUUUGUAACUUAACAUCUAGCAAGGGAGUCGUAAAUCAAACAUUCGCUUAACCUGACUUUUUUUAUUCACAUAUCGCAUUCAUGUUAAAGGACAAAAGACAAUACAGGUGCUUGGGUGAGAUUUAUUGACAGCUACUUUAAAAAAACAUUUUUUGAUGCUUGUAAAAUGUUAAUAAAAUGUUAGUAAAGCCCAUAUUUCAAUAAUUUACAGCAAUAAUUUCAAACUUGGUCUUGCCUGCAUGUCAUUACCAAUUUAUUUUUCCAUUCAUCUUUGCGCAAAUAAGUUUUUUCUUUUUCUUUUUUCUUUUUUAGGUGGGUUGGGCACAAAUGUACUCAUAUAUAAUAUACAAAAUGCAUAUCAUAAAAAUGAGAAACACUUUAUUACCAAAUACUGCCAAACAAUCAAGUUUGUUCUGAUGUGAAUGGUUAAGCAGGCAAAUCACAAAACAGUCUUAAUUGUCUACUGUAUAUUUUAAUGUGUAGGCUGCCACAGUUACAUGUACACUUAUUCAUGUUCCACAUUUUAUAGUUAUGAAGUGGCUGCAUGUUUAGCUACUGUGUUGAUAGUCAUCAUAGGGAAAUCUUCAUUCAGUUAUAUCUAUAGGCCUGCAUCUCAGUCACAAGUCCACAAGUCUUGGUUUUCUCUUAAAAACAAAAUGUAUUGUUUCAUUAAAAAAUCAACUCACUAGAUGUCUAAUCAUCCACCUUUUUGGGAAAAUGUCUACAGGACAGAUUUAACUUCAAAGAUUUAUUCCUAGAGGUUUUUUGUUUGCAGGGUAGUUCUAAUAAUGUGUGUACAGAAUUAUGGAAACCAGGCUUUUGCUGACUAAGCCAUACUAUUGUCCAGUCUCAGGAUAAACACCUGGCAUUAUUGAGGCAGGAAGGUAGUAACGUAAAGGUAGUAAUUCCUAUCGGUGUAGAUUAACCAUCCGAUGCCAAACUGUUCUUCAGAAGCGAACCGUUUUAAUCGAGAGGGAGUCUUAAGAGCAUGCCGCUGAUUGGCAUGUGCGGGCACGAUAGAUGUGUGCUGUCUGGUUCUUGUGACCGUGUCAUCUGAAAUGAGGUCACUUUGAGUUUCCGUUUGCCUGGUUAGCUGCUCCACAGCUGUUUGUAUUACCAUCUGUUUCUUUUAUUACUUUAUCCACCGUCUCCUGGCGUACUCUGAUGUUCCUCAAGUUACUAACAAAUCGUAAAUGGGAUGUUCAGAGGUCCAUCAGUACUGUUUUUGGGAGGAUAAAAUCUAAAAUCCGGCUUCUGAGCUUUUGGUAAUCGAUCCUUUAAGUGGGAAAAGACUCAUAAAAAGAUUACUGUAGAUUAAAUCCAUUGAAAUGAAUCACUGGUUAAAAAGCGGUACCUUUUAUUAGUUGAAAGUGGCGUGCUAGUGUUGAUGAUUUGAAUGUCUCUGCACGUUUCCCUCACAUCAACUUGCUCAGCUGUUGCUUUGAUUAGCAGGUUUUUGUAAGUCAGUGAAAGGGGUCGUCGACUCUCAUCUGAUUGUAUGGUACUUAAAUAAUGCUUUAAAUAUCACAAGAAAUGACGACACAUGACGAGUACAGGUAAAAUUUGGUGGGUGAAUCCCCUGUAAUCCAUUUCUCUUUAUGAAGACAGCUGAGUUGAAGGUCAAAGUCUCAAGUAAAACGCGCUGCAAAUAUGGAAUGCACAUCAAUUAUCUAUGCAAGGUCUUUAAAAAAAACCUUUAUUGGUGCAAAAUAGUUGUCAUUUUCCUCCAGAAUGUUAUUAAACUUACAACAAUAAGGCUGUGUAGAUGAAUGUCUAAUGAAAUAUGACAUUCAGCAGGAUUUUGAGAAGAGUUGCAUGUAGUUGGAUGAUCCUAUGAGAUGUUUACAAAUUUUGGGAGGUUUUUUGUUUGUUUGUUUUUUUGAUGUAACAUACUAAUUACCAUGAAGGAGUCAAAGAAGGCAAUUGGCAAAACUUUGGGAGAUGGCUCUCUAUUAAACAUUCAUAAGCAGUAGUUAACAGGCUAUAUUGUAGUUGUAAACUAAAAGUUGUCAUCAAUGUGAUGUAUUCUCAAAUUGUGACAGGCAAUAGUAUAAAAAUAUUUAAAAACAUUAGAAAUGUUCUCACGUGUCCUUACAACUACAGUAUAGUGUGGUUUUGUUGGAUACUUGUACACUGCUGUACACACUAAAAUGCUAAAUAGUGGGAUUUAAAUAAGCAUUCCUGAAUAGUUUCACGUAACAGUUUAUUUAAACUACAUUGAUUAUGCUUUUGUUUGGAGGCAGAACAUUUAGCACAGCAGUCGCGGUGUACAUAAAAGACUUAAUAUAAUGUAUAGUUUGUCCCUUGAUUGUGUUUUAACUAACAUUAGCUAGCUAGAUUCACUUCUCACGCACAUACAAACAUGUAUAGUAAAUCAGGAAAAAAAUGUAAUGAGACUUGGUAUUGAUAUUGCACACUCUCCACUGAAUGUCACUGACUAUAGUCUGAUUUUAGUUACAACCCUUUGGUGAGGUAAACCUUCAACUUUCUACCCGUUUUCAUUGUGUAUUGGUCAAUAGAGUAUUUUUUUAUAAUGGUUUUCUUUUUUUGAUAUUUUUCUCAAUUUUUAUAAGUGAUUUUCCUAAAAAAAAUCAGAUACCAGGAAUGAUUGGUACUUCCAUUUUGACUGUGUACCAGGGCCAUAUCAGCGCAGCGUCUCUGAAAAGCGGGGCAAAUGUGGGACAGAUUAACUGUCACAGAUCAGCUCCUCUUUUCUGAGCUCUGCACUGAUCUCUCCUUUCUUUCUAGGACCGAGACCAAACUUAAAAUGUUGAUACUGUUUUAGUCAGUGCUUAUUUAUGAUUGCCUGUAGAUAGUGCUGUGUUAUUUUAUGUUCUCUAGUCUGUUUAUCUAAUUUACUGUGUUACAUUGAUGUGGAAUGUAAAAUGUUGUGAUGUAGAACAUAAUAGUUGGACAGGAGGCUCAAUAAACCGUGCUUAAGUUUAUGACUUUUAAA